UUUCAACAUGUCUCGCAAUCUGAUGGUUCUCUUCCUUCUCGUAGCGAUUAUUUGCGUCACUGUCAUGAGUAAUCCUUCCUCAAAGCUAUGCAAGCCGCCACCGCCUCCUCCUCCGCCACCUCCGCCGCCUCCGCCACCUCCGCCGCCUCCACCAAAGAAAUGCAAGCCGACAACGACAACACCACUACCACCUCCUCCACCAAAGAAAUGCAAGCCGACACCACCACCACCACCACCACUUCCUCCUCCUUCUCCACUACCGAAAUGUUGUAAGAAUGAGAUCUAUAAGACAUGUGGAUCGCCAACCGCCUGCCAACCAACCUGCAAGAAUCCUCGUCCAAUAUGCAAGAAAUGGUGCGUCAAGGGCUGUUUCUGCAAAAAUGGCUUAUUGAGAAACAAAUUGGGUAAAUGCGUCAAGCCUUACAACUGUUAAUCAUGGAGAUAACUUAUACUACAAUCAAUUGAUAUUCUUAUGUAUGUGUGUACUAGUACCAAAUGCUUCUUUAUAUCAUUUAAAUACAUAUAAUCACAUGUGAUUACGGUAAUAAUAACUCAUGCAAAAAUCAAAAACCUGCCUCAUGAUUAUUUCCGAGAAGAUAAUUUCGCGUUCAUCCAAUUCAAUAAAUCCAAAAAGUUUCGAAACUCGGAUGGCUAGUCCGGCAAAAUUCACCCCUUACUGUAUUUAUGUAACAUCACGACCGUCACCACCCUACGGGCAUCGAAGGGUAAAUCAGCGCAGUCGUGUGCUGACGUAUUCGCUCGCAUUACCGACGUGACCCGCACACGCUUGAGAAAUUGUCUGAAAGCUCACGUCGCACGCUCCUCAAACGAGAGAAUCCCCAGUCCUCCUAGAAUCCCUUUGAACCUGUCGAUUCUGUCGAGGAAAGGAAGGCAAGAAGGGCAAACGCGCCGCGCUUCCUAUUCUCGCACCCUCGUUGUACCUCCGUCGACGAUUGCCAAAGCUUUGCGUCUCCUCCUCUCCUUUUUCCGUCUCGCUGUCCGUCUCUUUCUUCUUUCACGACGAAACCCAUGAAAUCGCGUCACAUUCGUACGCAAUCAAGCAGUAGUUUCCACCCAGGGGCCUAACUCCUGCGAGACCGGCUUCGUUCUCUCUGUCUCUCUUUCGUCUCGCACCGUUACCCUCUGGUCGUCAAAUCGAAUUCAUCGUGGCGCAUUAACAGCUGUCGCGGUUGAUCGUGGAUCGUUACCGUUUCUUGCUGCCUAUCCCGAAAUCUGAACAGUGCGGUAGAAGAGCGGGUGUCACUCGGGAUAUAGUAGCAUAAGAGAGAAGCACGAACGUGUACCUACGAGCAGCGUCGACCGUCCCUUUAUCCAUCAACAAUACGACGAAAUGGCAGAGGCGGUGGGGUAUUCGAUUUAUCC